UUUGAUUGGACAGAAACAUGAAAAAUUAACUAAUCAUCUCUUCUGUUAUAAGAGCGGUUACGUCAAAUCCUACAACAACAACAACAAUUAUAGGAAGGCAAAAUGUGCGAAAUGUUGAUAAAAGAAAAUCGAAACACUGAGUAGCAGAAUGUCAGUUAUGGAGAAUGUACCUGGUUGCCAUGGAGAUAACUAUGUAACUAGAGAGGACAAAGAUGAUUAUAGACUACCAGAUGUGACAGGGAAUGAAUAUAGUGCUAGUAGGGACCAUUAUGAAGAUGUACCAUCAACGAACCUGUUUGAUAUCCCGUGGGAUGACGUAUUGUUUCAGUACAUACUGCCAUUAUUGCCUGUCCAAACUUUAUUCCAGCUGCGACGAGUUUGUAAGACUUCAUUGCUCAUGAUCAAAGAUUACUUGAGCCAAACCAAAGAAAUAAAUAUUGCCAGGAUAGCUGGGAAAGUGACAACUACGGCUUUCCAUAUAUUAACAGACGAGAAUACAAACCUGCUACGUCUAAAUUUACGAAAUUCAAAGGGAUGGUUGAGUGAUGAAUUGUUAAUGCCAGUUUUGAAGUGCAAUCCAAGACUUCAGUUGUUAGAUUUGACUAAUUGUACGAGUGUUACCAAUGCAGUUCUUCAAUGUGUGGCUGUUAAUUGCUCAGGUCUACAGAAGCUAAUACUUCGUGACUGUGUCUGGUUAAGUCCAGAAGGAGUAACUGUGAUAGGUCUUUAUUGUAAAGAUUUAGAAGCUAUUGACUUCAAUGGGUGCUGGAAUGUUAAUGAUGAAUCUUUAUCCGUUCUUGUCUCCAGUUGCCCUCGGUUGAAAUCUGUACAGCUGGCGAAGAUAUAUGGGCUAACAGAUAAUUCCAUGACUGUUCUAGCUAAGUGUAGUAGUCAGUUAUAUCAUCUAAAUAUCCAGGGAUGUUGGAGAAUAACAGAUGAUAGUAUCAGGUUUCUGGCAGAAUAUGGCAAAAAUUUGAAGAUGUUACAGAUACGAGAAUGCCAUCAGGUUACAGAGAUGACAUUAUCAAAACUGCGAGAAAACGGCGUCAAAAUGGAUAAAUUAUCCCCACCAAGUAGUUAUCCACGAGUCAGUCAACUUCUGUGGAGCAUGCGACAUAAAUUAAAUGUUCAGAUGUGAAUAUCACUUUGGAAAGAAAAUAAUUGGUGCAAAUAAUAUUGAGCCGCACCAUGAGAAAACCAACACAGCGCACUUGCGACCAGCAUGGUUCCAGAGCAGCCUGCACCUCUGCGCAAUCUGUUCAGGAUCCAUGCUGUUCGCUAAAUCAAAGCCUGUUGCAAUUAGAGAAACCGUUAGUGAACAGCAUGGAUCCUGACCAGACUGUGCAUAUGCGCAGGCUGGUCUGGAUCAAAGCAGGUUGCAAAUGCACUUUGUUGGUUUUCACAUGGUGUGGCUCAGUUAUAUUAUAGCGAGCUCGAAGAGCAGGCCCAAAGGGCCUGCUCGAGAAUCGAGCUUUACGGUAACGCAAGUAUACUUCCACACUUGGUGAUGGAUUUGAAAAGUUUCGUCGGAAGUUCUUAAAAAGCGCACCCUAACGGAUAGGUGCUCACAGGAAGUACUUCUUUCCGGAGUGAAUACAGAACUUCAUUCAAUUGCUAAAAAAUAUUCAUCACUUAACAGUAAUGAAAGAAUGCUUUCCAGUUGUUUGAAAAAAAAUAUAAUUUUCAUUUAAAAGAUCAAGCAUCGGCCAGAAAAUGGUAAAAAUGUCAUUAAUAAGCAGAAAGAAACGGGAACGCGGUAAUGACGUCACCGUGAUACCGGCUUCCCGUAAUUUUUGCAACGUAUGAUAUUCACUGUUAUAGGUAUGGUGACACUAAAUGUAGACUUUUUCAAGUGAAUGGGUUCUCCUGAAUUCUUUUGAGUAGGGAAUAGUUUCUGUGUGACAAAUAAAUGAUGCAUAAUAUUUUUAGCUAAAUCCGAUUUCUUUGAGCUCGCUUUGAGGCUUUGCCUUAUUUGAUAUUAAUCAUUCAGUUAAGAGACCAUAACCAUUUGGCCUGGGAGACAUAGAUUUCAGCACCAAAUAUUAUUUAUCUGACUGGUAGAUUUUUUACUUCAAUGUCAAUAUUCAAUACUUCAACGAAUUUGAAAAUGCUACUUCCUGCACUCCGUACUGGCAUUUCCUGUGAUUUUUCCCAUGCCAGCAAAACCCAUCAGGCAUCCCCUUGUGCUGUUGAUUACUGCUAACAAUUUGUGCAUAGAUUAUGUAUUCAUGUAAAUGCGAUAAAAAUCUAAUUACUUUUAUAGUUGCUCUUUUUUCCUUGACUGAAAAAAUGCUAUUUUACCAAAACAUACAUUAGCCUACAAAUGAUUAAAUUAAACUGAACUUUGUUGUUGUGUGUCUUUGAAACAUCAUGACGUCAUUUCUAUUUAUGGAUGUUAGCUUCCCACACUUCAUAAAAUAUUGUCUGCAAGAAAAGUAAUUUAUGACUGGAUGUAGAUGCAGAUGGGAAUGUCCAGCUUUUGUGUAAGCUCAGCGCAGAACCUCAUUACUGCCCAAACCGUAGCUCGAAAACCGAGAUAUACAACCAGCAGCACAUUAUUACACUCUUUUUCUAGGUUAACACCCACAUGUAUAAAUACUCUAACAAGCAAGCUUUGGCAUUGGCAGUUUUGCCUAAAUUGUGGCUAAUUUCACUUAAAGGUAGUCUGAAGCUGUCGCAUCCCUAGACACAAAGGAAUGAUAUUAUUGUUAUUGUAUGAAUAUUGUUUUGUAUUCAAAUGAUUGUCAUUACAUUGUUUUGUGGCAAAGUAGAUUACUUGAUUACCAAAUUUAUUUUAUUUCAAAUAUACUAUACUUCAAAAGUAUGGACCAAAGUAUGAAAUAGCUGCUGAUAAUAUGAUGUUUGUUUCUUAGUGACUAAACUAUAAAUUCCGCACAAUAACUCAAACGAAAACAUGUUUGAUAAUUAUGAUUUUUCUUCACUGAAAUGUUUCAAUACAGAAAAUAUUUUUGUAUAAUAUCACAGUAUGCACUUAACUUCUAUCAUUGACAACCUUUUUAAGUUCAACGAUGCAUGAGAACCAUAACAAUCAAACAAUAAAAUAAACAUGCUGUUGUUUAAAUUAUUGUGCGGGAGUAGUAGUUAAAAUUGGUUUUAGCUACACUUUUACAAGAAUAGUGGGAACUUUACUUCUCACCUGAAUGUCUGCAUCCAGUGCACAUUGGUUAAAAUUUUACAUGCAAGGUCAAAAUUAUCUCAGUAACUGUUGCAUAAAAUAUUAUAAGAUUGAAACUUUAUGCAAGGGUCUCCUUGCCAUUAAACAUACUGAAAUAACCAAGUUGGGUAACUCUUGGUUGAACUUCAUAUGAAUUAUGGCCCUUUUAUCAAGCUAUAUCUCAGUAACAGCUAUUUGCAUUGGACCGAGUUUCACACAAUGCUUGCCACAAUCUCACCUACUGAAUUAACCAAGUUAGAUAACUUCUAGUUUGAUUUAAUGUAAAUUAUUUCCCUUUUCUGACUAAAAGAAUUAAUAUUCAGUAUAGUGUUGCAUUUUAAAAUCGUAAUUCCUACUUACUCAGGAUGUAAACAAAGAGUUAUUUUUUCAGUUUUACUAUGCAGAAGUGCUGAACAUCAAAUGAAUACAGUGCCAGACCAGUUUUACUCCUACAACAUUAUUCAUUGUAUAUCAUAUUGAGCAAAAAUUGCUGCGGCACCUGUGAUUGAACAUAACCAAUCAAUUUUAUUUGUUUAUUGAUAUAACAUGUAGAGUUUUGUCUUCUGUAUUCUUAAUUACUGUGCUAUGUGAUAUCUGGUUAACCCUUACCCUGCUAGAUGAAUUUGUCCAUCUUUCAAUUUGGACAGUACCAUUAACUGUUUAACGGGGUGCUUUCCAAAAACAUACUGACUAAAUGGCGAACAGUGCAGAUCUUGAUCAGACUGCAUGGAUGUGCAGGCUGAUCAUGAUCUACACUAAUCGCAAAGGCAGAUUAAAUUGUGUUUAGCAUGAUAAGGGUUAAGACUGACUUCUGAUGAUGAUAUAUUAUACAAAGACUCUUCAUAAGUAGAAGUUCUUUACAUAAUCUGUGCCUGUAUUCGUUUUAAGCCUCAAAUCUGAAAUUAAGGCUAAAAUGCCAAUUUGUCAAUGCAAUCUUGUUUUAUUAAGUGAUCAUAGUUGUUAAAAAAAACUUUGGUUGAAGGAAGUUCUUACUAUAGGAGAAAGGGCUGCAUAUUUUCUUCAUGUUUGAUGCAUAUUCAAAGACGUUAGUGACUUUAUUUUAGGUGAUGUGUAUAUUUCAGGCUUUAAAUGUUUAUGCAUACAGAUAUUUUCUUGUUCUGACCAGCUACUCAAAUUGCAUAGCAUUAUACUGCUAAAAUCUAGUAUGUUUUGUAUUGUGAGGAAAGUAAGACUUUAACCCUUAUCAUACUGGGCAUGACUGAUUCUGCCUUUGCGACAUGUGUAGAUCAUGAUCAGCCUGCACAUCCAUGCAGUGUGAUCAAGAUCUGCACUGUUUGCCAUUCAGGCAGUAUCUUUUUGGUAAGCACCCCUACUGACAGAUAAUGGUACUGUCCUUCUUGAAAGAUGGACAAGUUCAUUAUAGAAAUUCAGCAGGGCAUUAGGUUAAAACUACUUUCUUUAACAGAUCAUUUGACGACUGUGCGAAAGGUGAUACAUAUUUUGUCUCAGUAUUUGUAAUGAAAUUUGUAAUUGUUGAAAUAUUGUUAUUCUGUCUGAUUAUAAAGUGAUGUAUACAGAA